CACGUUCAAAGAUGGCGGACCUUGGAAGAGUUUCUUGUGGUCGUGAUUUAACUUGCGUUCCUGACUUGGUAGUUGCAUUAAAUUCAGCUUCUCAAAGCGGGUUUGACUUUAUUUGUGCACCAAUAUGCCAUCCAAGAUACAAAAGAGAAUUUAUUGAUCCCAUCCCACAACGAUCCAAAGCAUUCACAAGGGCUGAUUUAGUACUCACUACUCAAGAUUGGAGUACACUUGUGGUUGGGAAAGUCUCUCCUUGGAUCAACCUUGAUUCCCAUAAUGACAUUGUGAGGAAGAACUCUGAGAAAUUGAAUGUACAGCUUAUCCUAUCUGGUUGUUCUAAACACAAAGACAAGGGAAUUGGAUUUUACUAUCAGUACCUAGAACAUGUAUACCAGACUAGACCUGCCCUGGAUGAUGUCAGUCAGUUUGCCAAGGGUUAUGAGGAUUAUCUACAAUGUCCUCUUCAGCCUCUUUCAGAUAACCUUGAAUCUCAAACGUAUGAAAUUUUUGAGAGAGAUCCUGUAAAGUAUGCAGAAUAUCAGAAGGCUGUUUAUCAAGCUCUCAUUGACCGCGUUCCGGAUGAGAAAAAGAAUGAUAUCGUCACGGUAAUCAUGGUAGUAGGUGCUGGUCGUGGUCCCUUGGUAAGAGCAUCACUGGUAGCAGGUGAAGAGUCAGGUCGUAAAGUAAGGGUGUAUGCUGUGGARAAGAAUCCUAAUGCUGUUGUCACUUUAGAGACUCUAAAGAAAGAAGAGUGGGGUGACAGAGUGACAGUCAUAUCCUGUGACAUGAGGGAAUGUGAACCGCCUGAAAAGGCUGAUAUCCUGGUCAGCGAGUUGCUGGGUUCGUUUGGUGAUAAUGAAUUGUCUCCAGAAUGUUUAGAUGGYGCGCAACGUUUCCUUAAGGAUGAUGGUAUCAGUAUCCCAUCGGCAUAUACUUCAUAUCUUUCUCCACUGUGCGCACCCAAACURCACAAUGAAUUGUCUCAAGGUAGUAAAGUGGAUAACAAAGGACCUCAGGCACCGUUUGAGACCCCUUACGUGGUGAGGUUACACAACGUGUACGAGUUAUCCAAACCACAAGAAUGUUUUACGUUCAUCCAUCCGAACAAAGAAACAUUCGACAAUUCUCGUUACAUCACACUGAACUUUGACGUYGACACCAGUGCGAUGAUCCACGGCUUCGCUGGUUAUUUUGAAGCCACUCUAUUUAAAGACGUCAAAAUUAGUAUCCACCCUGAGACCCAUUCAGAUGGCAUGUUCAGCUGGUUUCCCUUCUACUUCCCAGUACAGGUUCCGAUGUACGUAGACAAGGGUUCACCCAUCACAGURCACAUGUGGAGAAAGUGUACCACCAAGAAGGUCUGGUACGAGUGGUGUUUGUCCAGACCAUCACCUACCCCAAUACACAACCCAGGAGGGAGGUCUUACGUCAUUGGUCUAUAACAAACUGUCUCACCCUUGUUUCACAACAGUAACACUGGGCAUACGUGUGUUGACAGAGCUUYCUUUAUCCAUACCAGCCUCAAACAACUAAAACAACACAACUUUUAUGAGAACAAACUACUGUUUAUUCAGGUUWACACAUAUGACGAUUAUAGAUUUAAAACACUGCCCAACUCCRCCCUUGAAGGGAAGAUUCUGAAACGAUAACAGUAGUAAAAUUAUUAAUAUUAGACCUUUUUGCGCUUGGUAAAUUACAGUUAUUAGAGAUAUAAAUUAUGUUAAAUCAAGCUAAUUCUUUSUUGGAUAUUUUUCCGAGAAAAAUUCCAAAAAAAAAAA